CAUGGUCAGAAGAAGGAACGAUUACUCUUUUUUGUUUAGUGAAAGGAGAUGUACCUUCAUAUGCAUUUGCUAUUAAGAUUGGUAAAAACAAAACUGCGAGCAAGCUCAAGAAGUUAAUAAAAGCAGAAUUGAGUAAUCAUUUUGCAAGAAUUGAUUAUAAUCAACUUAGACUUUGGAAAGUCAGAAUUCUGGACAAUAGCUAUGAAAAAUUGGCUAAUCUCACCCUCCAAGACUGUGAUGAACCCCUACCAACAAGAAGGAUUGGAAAAUAUUUUAUAGAAGAGCCUAUUGAAGAGCACAUUCAUAUAAUUAUUUUGCCACCAACAUUUAUGAGUACACAAUAUCAAGAAAUAAUGGAACAAAGAGAGGAAUUAG